AGGACUCUCUCACACACGCACACACACACACAUACACACACAUACACACAGGGAGAGAAGAGGGAAUUUUGCUGUGCAUUGUUGAGACUUCUCUCAUGUGCUCCUCGGCGACUGCUCCGCUCCCACCAAAAGGAAAACUUUUCCCGCGGCAUUCACCCUCAGCUCUCUGGAUAUUGCUGCACUAGGAUGAAGAUGCGGGACUCUGUGGACUGGCAAGUGGGCAGCAGGCGCCAGGGUGGAAUACUUGUCUAGCCAGGCCGUGUUCCAUGUCACUGUCCACCCAUUGUGGUUUUACUCUCCAUUGAAGCAGGCAGCAGUAGCAACAUACUGGCCUCUCUCCUCACGGCUGCUUUAACUGGCUGUGCUGUUCAGGAUGUCACCCUUAACCAGUGCCUGUGGAGGUUAGAACUUGGCUCCAGUUAGGGGGAGAAGAGCUGCAAGCGUGCGGCGCAUAGAGUGCGUGUGUUUCUCGGAGGGUACAGAGAGGUGUGUGUUUUCUGGGAGUGUGGAGAGUUCGGGUUUUUUGAAUCUAAAGCGGGGAAUUGGGCUGUGAAAUUAGUGCCUUUUGCAAAGCCUUACUCCUGAGUGGCGUCAUGCUGAGCCUGCAGGAUUCAGUCUUCUUUGAGAUCAGCAUCAAGUCUCUGCUCAAGUCCUGGAGUGGCAGCUCCUCGGGACCAGUCAGCAGCAGCGUUAAUAGACGCCGUGCUCCCUCCUCGGUGACGCCCCUCUUGUGGGAGAAACGCAGCACUGCCGUCAUGUCCAGCAUCACCAUCGACCCCGAGCUCAAGCCCGGGGAGUUUGUCAUCAAGAGCCUGUUUGCAGAAUUUGCCGUGCUGGCUGAGAAGAAGAUCGAGGUGGUGAUGGCCGAGCCGCUGGAGAAACCUCUGUCCCGAUCUCUCCAAAGAGGGGAAGAUGCACAAUUUGAUCAGUUAAUAAGCUCUAUGAGCUCAAUAGCAGAACACUGUUUGCCCUCCCUGCUGCGCACACUGUUUGACUGGUACCGGCGGCAGAGUGGCACCGAGGAUGAGUCUUAUGAGUAUAGGCCUCGCUCCAGCACCAAGUCCAAAGGAGAUGAACAACACCGGGAUAAAGACUACCUAUUGGAGCGGAGGGACUUAGCCAUAGAUUUCAUUUUCUGUUUAGUUUCAGUGGAAGUUUUAAAACAGAUUCCUCUUCAUCCAGUGCCAGAUGCUUUAGUACAUGAAGUUCUGAAUCUGGCAUUCAAGCACUUUAAACACAAAGAGGGGUAUUCUGGCCCCAACACUGGCAAUGUGCACAUCAUCGCAGAUCUGUAUGCUGAGGUCAUUGGAGUUCUCACACAGUCAAAGUUUCAGGCAGUGAGGAAGAAGUUCAUCACAGAGCUGAAGGAGCUUAGACAGAAGGAGCAGAGCCCCUACGUGGUCCAAAGCAUCAUCAGCCUUAUCAUGGGCAUGAAGUUCUUCCGGGUUAAAAUGUACCCUGUGGAGGACUUUGAGGCCUCCUUUCAGUUCAUGCAGGAGUGUGCCCAGUAUUUCCUGGAGGUCAAGGACAAGGAUAUAAAACAUGCUCUGGCAGGUCUUUUUGUGGAGAUCCUCAUCCCUGUUGCUGCUGCGGUGAAGAAUGAAGUAAAUGUGCCAUGUCUGAAGAACUUUGUGGAGAUGCUGUACCAGACAACCUUUGACCUUAGCUCCAGGAAAAAGCAUUCUCUCGCUCUGUAUCCCCUGGUGACGUGCCUCCUCUGUGUCAGUCAGAAGCAGUUCUUCCUCAACAACUGGCACAUCUUCCUCCAGAACUGCCUCUCGCACCUGAAGAACAAAGACCCCAAAAUGUCUCGUGUGGCACUGGAGUCGCUGUACAGACUGCUCUGGGUCUACAUUAUCAGGAUUAAGUGUGAGAGCAACACUGUCACACAGAGUCGACUACUCAGCAUUGUUUCAGCACUUUUCCCUAAAGGCUCCCGCAGCGUUGUGCCCAGGGACACACCCCUAAACAUCUUCGUCAAGAUCAUCCAGUUCAUAGCUCAGGAAAGACUGGAUUUUGCUAUGAAGGAGAUCAUCUAUGACCUCCUGUGUGUGGGCAAAUCUCAUAAAACCUUUACCAUCAACCCAGAGAGGAUGAAUAUUGGUCUGCGGGCCUUCCUGGUGAUUGCUGACAGCCUACAGCAGAAAGAUGGGGAGCCCCCUAUGCCUACUACAGGGGUAAUCAUGCCCUCUGGUAACACCCUGCGGGUUAAAAAGAUCUUCCUCAACACCACACUCACUGAUGAAGAAGCCAAGGUCAUAGGUAUGUCACUAUACUACCCACAAGUCAGAAAAGCCUUAGAUAACAUCCUGCGCCAUCUGGACAAGGAGGUGGGCCGCUCCAUGAGUAUGACCAAUGUGCAGAUGUCCAAUAAGGAGCCAGAGGACAUGAUCACAGGAGAGAGGAAGCCGAAGAUCGACCUUUUCCGCACGUGCGUUGCAGCAAUCCCAAGACUGAUCCCAGAUGGCAUGAGCAGACAAGACCUUAUAGAGCUUCUGGCCAAACUGACCAUCCACAUGGACGAGGAGCUACGUGGCCUAGCCUUCACCACUUUGCAGGCCCUGAUGGUGGACUUCCCAGAGUGGCGUGAAGAUGUGUUAUCAGGUUUUGUCUACUUUAUUGUGCGAGAAGUGACAGACGUGCACUCCACACUGCUAGACAACGCUGUCAAGAUGCUGCUGCAGCUCAUCAGCCAGUGGAGGCUGGCAGUGCAAAGCAGCAACAAGAGCCAUGAUGCACAGGGCCCGGGGAGUGGUCAUUCUCUGUCCCUGGAGCGUACUCCCCUGAUGAGUGUGCUGCAUGUGGUGGAGGGGCUGGCACUGGUGGUGCUUUGCAGCUGUCGCCCUGGCACACGCAGGCUGGCUGUCAAUGUCCUCAGGGAGGUCCGUGCCCUGCACACGGCGCUGGGCAUGGCCAAGGGAGAUGAGGAGUUGGCCAUUGAUGUGAUGGAUAGAUUAAGUGCAUCUGUGUUGGAGAGCUUUAUCCAUCUCACAGGGGCCGACCAGACCAACCUGCUGUACUGUCCCAGUGGAAUUGACCUUCAGGCACUAGCAGAGUGGAGCUCAUCUCCCAUCAGCCACCAGUUCGAUGUAGUUAGCCCCUCUCACAUCUGGGUGUUUGCCCAUGUAACACAGGGCCAGGACCCCUGGGUCAUCAGCCUGUCCAGCUACCUUCGCCAGGAGCACUUGCCUAAGUACUGCCCAACCUCUCUCAACUACGCCUGGAUGUUUGCCUACACCCGACUGCAGCUACUGUCUCCACAAGUUGACAUCAACAGCCCCAUAAAUGCCAAGAAAGUGAACAGUCUUAGCAGCAGCAGUGACUCCUACAUUAGUCUCUGGAGAAACUACCUGAUUCUCUGCUGCAGCUCUGCCAACUCCUCUCCCUCCGCUUCUUCGUCCUCCUCCACCACCUCGGGCUCCGUCCGCUGCUCCCCGCCUGAGACGCUGGCGUCCACGCCGGACAGCGGCUACAGUUACGAUUCAAAGAUUGUUGGCACUCCGUCCCCUUCCUCCCUCUUCAAACAUGUUGUCCCAAUGAUGCGCUCUGAGAGCAUGGACAUCACAGAGUCUCUUGUACUGGGGCUUGGCAGGACCAACCCUGUGGCCUUCAGAGAGCUGAUAGAAGAGCUGAAUCCCAUUAUUAAAGAAGCUCUAGAAAGAAGACCUGAGAACAUGAAGCGACGCAGGCGUCGAGACAUCCUCAGGGUCCAGCUGGUCCGGAUAUUUGAGUUGCUGGCUGAUGCUGGAGUCAUCAGUCAGAUAGCUAGUGGUGGUCUGGAUGGGGAGAGCCACUCUCUGAACAGCACGCUGCUGGAGUAUGUUGAUCUGACCAGGCAGUUGCUGGAGGCCGAGAACGACAAGGACUCAGACACAUUACGGGACAUCCGCUGCCACUUCAGCGCCCUGGUGGCCAAUAUCAUUCAGAAUGUCCCAGUGCACCAGCGGAGGACCAUUUUUCCCCAGCAGUCUUUGCGACACAGUCUGUUCAUGCUUUUCAGCCACUGGGCAGGACCCUUCAGCAUCAUGUUUACCCCGCUGGACCGCUACAGUGACCGAAAUAUGCAGAUCAACCGCCAUCAGUACUGUGCACUCAAGGCCAUGUCUGCAGUGUUAUGUUGUGGACCAGUAGCUGACAACGUCGGCCUGUCCUCUGACGGCUACCUCUACAAGUGGCUUGACAACAUCCUGGACUCUCAGGACAGGAAGGUUCACCAGCUGGGCUGUGAGGCAGUGAUGCUGCUUCUGGAGCUGAACCCUGACCAGAGCAACCUCAUGUUCUGGGCUGUGGAUCGUUGCUACACUGGCUCCCGCCGCGUAGCUGCUGGCUGCUUCAGGGCCAUCGCUAAUGUCUUUCACAACAGGGAUUACCAGUUUGACACUGUGGUGCUGCUGAACCUGAUCCUGUUCAAGGCGGCUGAUUCAUCCAGGGAUAUCUAUGAGGUGGCCAUGCAGUUGCUGCAGAUCUUAGAGCCCAAGUUCUUCCGUUAUGCCCACAAACUGGAAAUCCAACGGACAGACGGGAUCCUGAUACCUCCCUCACCACUGCCACACCUCUACUCUGUGUCCUACUACCAGCUCUCUGAGGAGCUGGCCAGGACCUACCCAGAGCUUACCCUGCCCAUAUUCUCAGAAGUGAGCCAGCGUAUCCAAACGGCACACCCUGGUGGUCGCCAGGUGAUGCUACAUUAUCUGCUACCUUGGAUGAACAAUGUGGAGCUGGUGGACUUCAAGCCAUCAUCAGUGCGACGACCAGAGGAUCCCAGUGGUGGUGAAGAUGAGGAGGAUGCACACGAACGGGAGAUUAUGAUGGUCAACAGCCGACGCUGGCUCCGGGGAGAGGGCUGGGGCUCCCCUCAUGCCACGACCAUGGUGCUCAACAACCUCAUGUUUAUGACCGCUAAGUACGGGGAUGAGUUUGCUUGGUCGGAGAUAGAGAAUGUAUGGACCACAUUAGCAGACAGCUGGCCAAAGAACCUCAAAAUCAUUCUGCACUUCCUCAUCAGCAUGUCAGGAGUCAACAGUGAUCCCAGCCUCCUGCCCUACGUGAAGCGGGUGGUGGUCUACCUGGGCAGGGAUAAGACUAUGCAGCUGCUGGAGGAGUUAAUGUGUGAGCUGGAGUUGACGGAUCCUGUUAACUCAGCUGUCACCCACAUGGACAACCCUCCGUACUACCGUAUCACCUCCAGCUACAAAAUCCCCUCAGUCACCUCAGGAACAACCUCUAGCAGCAAUACCAUGGUGCCAGGAAGUGAUAGUCAUCACGAAAGCAAGGUCAAAGACUCCAACAUGGAAGACAGUUAUACCCACCUUGAUAUCUAUAGUGGUCUGAACAGUAACCUGAACCGACAGCACCACCGACUGGAGUCUCGCUACAGCAGCAGUUCAGGAGGCUCCUAUGAGGAGGAGAAGAGUGAUUCCAUGCCGCUAUAUGCUAACUGGCGUCUGAAAGUGAUGGACCACAAUCGGCCAGAGCCUCUCCCGUUCCCUCCCACAGGGGGCUGCUGGUCUCCUCUGGUGGACUACCUGCCAGAGACCAAUGCCCCCGCUGUACCGCUCCACAGGUGUAACAUUGCUGUCAUCUUGUUGACGGAUCUCAUUGUUGACCAUGGGGUCAAAGUAGAGUGGAGCGCCUACCUGCACCUCCUGCUGCAUGCCAUUUUUAUAGGAUUUGACCACCAACAUCCAGAGGUCUAUGAGCACUGCAAACGCCUGCUACUUCAUCUACUGGUUGUCCAGGGAGCCAAUAGCAGUGUCCAAUCCCUGGCUGCAGUGCUCCUGCGCAACAGAGAGUACAAUGACCCCAGAGUCCUGACUGUGAGGCCAGUAGCACAGGAGUUCAACCUGACAGGAGUGCAGGACAUUUUGCCAGAGUAUCAACCAUCACCCAUGACAGACUCUGGCCUGAGCUCCAGUUCAACCUCCUCCAGUAUCAGUCUGGGAGCAGGGGGAACCACGCUGCCCCACCUCACCCCAACACUCCUCAAUGAGGUAGACGUCAGCGCAGAGCAGGAUGAGAAGGUCAAAGCCCUCAUAGAGUUUGUAACCUCCAGGAAACGUGGUCCUCUUUGGAACCAUGAGGAUGUGUCUCCCAAGAAUCCCAACAUCAAAAGUGCAGACCACCUCAGUGUUUUCCUCAGACAUGUAGUGACAGUCUUUAAACAGUCACAGUCAGGCUUCCAACUGGAGUCACUGCUUAGCGAAGUAGCCCUACAAACUGCUCUGUCUUGCUCUUCUCGUCACUACGCUGGCCGGUCCUUCCAGAUCUUCAGGGCACUCAAACAACCCCUGACAGCUGGCACACUGUCGGACGUCCUCUCUCGGUUGGUGGAGACUGUAGGAGACCCAGGGGAGGAGGCUCAGGGCUUUGUAAUUGAACUAUUGCUGACGCUAGAGUCAGGCAUUGACACGCUAGCAGACACAGUCAAAAACUAUGACCUUCUCACUGCCAUAGCACAGACCCCUGCUCAAGACCACCUGUUGGGGCCAAAGUUUGCAGCCAAUAGGAAAAGCACAGGUCAACUAAACCUGAGCAGUGGCGGUCUUUUCCAUAAUGUCCACGGUCAUGCCCGCAGCAACUCACUCCGCGCUAGCCUGAUGGGAGAACGAAAAGCAGACAGGCGACGGAGCAACACCUUGGACAUAGCAGACCGACUCGGAGGGAGCCAUGGCAACCUGGCACGCACCCGGAGCUUGUCCUCGCUGCGGGAGGGUGGGGGAGGGGGUCCUGGAGGGGAGGCCAUCCCACCCGUGGAUCCCUCCAACCUUAUGGCCACAGUGUUCUGGAUUGCAGCCUCACUGCUGGAGUCAGACUAUGAGUUUGAGUACCUGCUGGCCCUGCGGUUGCUCAACAAGCUGCUUGGCCAGCUGCCUCUGGACCGGGCAGACAGCAGAGAGCGUCUGGAGAGGGUUCAGGCUAAGCUCAAGUGGUACAGCUUCCCUGGCCUGCUGCAGCUCUUCUUGAAGGGCUUCACCUCUGCCUCUACCCAGGAGCUUACCAUCCACCUUCUCAGCAAGCUCAUCAGUGUGUCCAGACAUACACUAGUCGACCCAUCUCAGUUGGCAGGUUUCCCUUUGAACAUUCUGUGCCUCCUGCCUCAUCUCAUCCAGCACUUUGACAGCCCCACCACUUUCUGUAAGGAGACAGCUGAUAAGAUAGCCAAGGUGUGUGCUGAUGAGAAGUCUGCCACGCUCUCUAACUUGGCCCACAUGAUGAGCCUGUACAGCACACACAGUUACUCCCGUGACUGCACCAAUUGGAUCAAUGUGGUCUGUCGCUACCUCCAUGAUGCAUUUGCAGAUAUCACCUUUAAUCUGGUCACCUACCUAGCAGAGUUGCUGGAGAAGGGACUUCCGGGUAUGCAACAGUCCUUGCUGCAGAUCAUUUAUAGUCUGCUGAGUCACAUUGAUCUGUCAGCAGCCCCUGUAAAACAGUUCAACUUGGAGAUCAUGAAGAUCAUUGGCAAAUAUGUUCAGAGCCCAUAUUGGAAGGAAGCCCAGAACAUUCUCAAGUUGGUGGUGUCCCGCUCAGCCAGCCUGGUUGUUCCAGACGAGGUCCAGCGCUCCUACAGUGCCGAAUCAUCUGGCUCACCAGAGAUUGCUUUCACACGCAUAUUCAACAACUCCUCUAAGGAGCUUCCUGGAAAGACACUGGACUUCCACUUUGACAUAUCAGAGACACCUAUCAUCGGGCACAAGUACGGGGACCAGCGUAGUGCAGCAGGGCGCAAUGGGAAGCCACAGGUGAUCGCUGUAACCAGGAGUACCUCCUCUACAUCAUCAGGCUCCAAUUCCAAUGGUUUGGUGCCAGUCAGCUGGAAGAGGCCUCAGCUCUCUCAGAGGAGAACCAGAGAGAAGCUGAUGAAUGUCCUAUCUUUAUGCGGCCCGGAGUCUGGCAUUCCUAAAAAUCCAUCCGUAAGACUCCUCUACUACUCUAAAGCCUCUGACAAGGUGGUGUUCUCAUCCAACGAGGACCUGGAUGCUGGGGACCAGCAGACCAGUCUGAUCCCCACGGUGGAGGAAGUGGUGAGAGAGGAGGAGGCUCAGGGGGAGGAUGCAGGCAGCGAGCAGCAGUUUGGUGUCUUCAAGGACUUUGACUUCCUGGACGUGGAGCUGGAGGAUGCUGAGGGAGAGAGCAUGGACAACUUCAACUGGGGUGUGCGUCGCCGCUCCCUGGACAGCAUGGACAAAGGGGACACUCCAUCUCUGCAGGAGUGUCAAUACACGGGCAGCACACCCAGCCUCAACCUCACCAACCAGGAGGACACGGACGAGUCAUCCGAGGAGGAGGUACUGAGCGCUAGCCAGAUUCUCACCCACUCCGGCCUCCUAAACAGUGACUCUGCCACAGAUGAUGCCACAUCCAACCAUGUGGACUCUCUGCAGCAGUCCCAGGAGUCAUCAAGCAGUGCCCUGACCGAGGAGGCUGCCGUCCUGCCCUCUCUUCCCCGUCUGGACAGCCCUGUCCUGGAGAUGGCGCACUCAGAUAGCACAAGCAGCCAGUUGCCUGAGGAUGCCGUGAGCAUGACUGCAGCCGACGAACUAAGCAGCAGCGUGAGUGAGGACACAGGGUUUUGCAGCGCUCCCGCUCUGCCCUCUGAUCCACCAGAGCUUUGUGACCUCCCAGAUGCCCAGGACCCCCAGGACGACCUGGAUCCGGCUCCCCCUCCCCCUCCAGCUAUAGACACCCCUCCAGGGUCCCUCUGUGAGGAAGAGUCCCCAACCGCUCUGCCUCUUCCCUUGCCACAAGUCCCAGACAGUCCCUGUGGCUCAGUAUGUGAGGAAGAUGUGACAUUGGCUCUGAAGGAGCUUGAUGAGCGAUGUGAAGAAGAGGAAGCCGACUUCUCUGGCAUGUCCAGUCAAGAUGAGGGUGACGCAGACUGCUUCCCAGAGAUCCAGGCCUCUCCACCCCCUUCGCCCUUCCUCUCUGCUAUCCUGGCAGCAUUCCAGCCUGUUACCUAUGAGAACGACGAAGAUGCCUGGCGUUGCCAUGUCAACCAGAUGCUGUCAGAUACAGACGGUUCCUCGGCUGUUUACACUUUCCACGUGUUCUCCCGACUCUUUCAGAACAUUCAGAGGAAGUUUGGUUCCAUUACACAUUCAUCUGUGCGCUUCCUUGGGGAGAAGCUACAGCGAAUGGGCAAUCAGUUUCUCAGCUCUCUGGAGGUCAUGACCUCACGCUCCCAGUGCCCCACUGUGCUGCUGGAUGCAGAAACGCUGGUCUCAUGUGGACUUCUGGAGACUCUGAAGUUUAGUGUGCUGGAGUUACAGGAACACCUUGACACAUACAACGGCAAGAGAGAAGCAGCGGAACAGUGGCUGGAGAACUGCAGGAAGACAUUUGGUGACAAAGACAGCAACCAACGACCCAACACUCAGGCCCAGCAAAUGGAGAAUCUAGCAGAGCUGGAGUUGUGUCGCAGGCUCUAUAAGUUGCACUUCCAGCUGCUGCUGCUCUUCCAGGCCUACUGUAAGCUGAUCAACAGGGUGGAUACCAUCAAGAGAGAGGCAGAGGUGACCAACAUGUCUGAGGAAUUGGCUAUCCUGGAGAGCUGUUUGAAAGAAGCAGAGUCAGGAAGUGAUGGAGAAGAGGAUGUGUGUAUAUCAGACUCUGCCCAGACCAGUACUGAGACAGCCAUCCAAUCACUGAUCGAAACACUUAGAGCUAGAGACUUCAGUUCUGCCCUAACACAGGUCAAAAUCUUCAGGUCCCUGUGGCCCAACGACAUCUUUGGCAAUGAGACAGAUGACGCGGUCCAGACCCUUCUGCACAUCUACUUCCGUCACCAAACGUUGGGCCAGACGGGCUGCCUGGCAGUGGUGGGCCCCAGUAGGGACCUGUCUCAGGCAAGCACCCGUCUCAUGGAACUCAACCUGCAGAUCCGUGAGGCAUUGAGUCAGGCCCAGGCCUGCCAGCCCCACACCACAAUGAUCAGCACUGGACUACCAAGCCAACUCGCAAAAUUCAGCUGCAAUAAGUCAUUUGGUGGUGCAUUUGUUAAUAAGAUCGGCUGAAAGAGGGGACGAGUGAGUAGCAAAGGAGGUAGUGGGAUGGAUGAUGUUAGUUAAAUGUUUUGGGAUAUUUUUUUUUUGUGGAAGUCAUCUAAUGGGCCUCCUGUACUGGCCAGAGUCCAGUGGCCCUGUCAGCCUUCAGCUUUGAGCUGUUCUUGAAGCAAGUAAGUCGUUCCUAAAGAAAAGCUGGAUGUGUGAGACAGUCCUGGCAAGAUUCAUAAGCAAACAUAAAAUCUAAUAAAAAAAAAAAUCAAAAGCAUGCUUGAAAGAGGAAAGCACUGCAAGAAUAUUUUUUUGAGAAAUGUAUUUUUUAUUAGAGCUAACAUCCUAGGUUGUAAAUGUUAGGAUAUUUAACAUGUAAUUGUAACCCUGGGGAGGCCGUUUCCUCUCAGGGAGUGUAAAAAGAGAAAUAUAUGUUUAUUGACCUGCUUUGAGAAGAGCGUUGCCUUCAACAGGUCCCCUCGCGAAACUCUAACCAAAUAAGUAGCUGCCUUUAGAGACUUUUGACUGUGUGUUAAUAUAUUGGAUAUUCUGGUAUACACACACAAAUGCAUAAUUGCACAUAGGUGCAGACUGGCUACGAAUCAUUAUGGAAACAAUAACUUAUUUUACUCUGUAUAUAUUUUAGAAAAUGUAUAGUUUAAAACCAGUAUUUUUCCCUUGUACUUUUGUGUAAUGCACUGUUAAUCCGAUUAGGAUGUAUGAAGCUAAUGUGAGAAGAGAAAAACCAAGACCAGUUAUGAGUCAUUAAUGAUCCGCUCCACCAUUGUAAUCCAGCCACAGACUUCGUUUCCCAAAGACUAGCUUGGUAGGUGGUUGUGGGGCAUCAGGGUUCAUUUGAAAUUCGCCAGUUCUCUACCAAUCGGAUAAUAGUGGGGGGCUCUUAAAUGGCUUCUCUCUCUCUCUCAUUAGACCACCACAGGCCAUCCAAGCUGAGUCCUAUGCAUUCCUUCUCUCCACUGUGAUCUCUCCGUUGGCCCUCCUUCCAACACACUGGCUCUGGUUAAAGCCCUGUGGGUUGUUUGUCCAUGUUUGCUGAAGCCCGUCACAAGGCUGUUCGCCUACCACCAUUUUGAUCCUGUGUUCCGAGGGGGAAACGGCUGCCAUCGAAGCUUCGCUAUGCUCGCUGAAAGGCACCGCUUGCUGCCAAAAUUGCAGGACGUGAACCGAGAUCUGAAUGCUUUGUGUAAAAACUUGUCAUGGCACAUUGUAACAAUCACUGUACUCAUUCCUCAGCUUCCCCCCCCCCCUGCUUGUCUGGUACAUUUGAAUGCUGUUCUUAAUUAUUUAAUGGAUAUUGUUUACCUGGAAGAGUUAUGUAGAGGUGCAUUACUUUUUUCUCAUUGUUCACUCACAUACCAGCCUUCUCUGGAUAAAUAAAAACCAAUCAUUAAGUAAAGCGUUUGUAGCUUUUGUUUGUAGCCAUUAGGAAUAAAAUGUUGCAGAUGAG